AACCAGGCAGUCUGAUUGUAGGUAAGAUGGCGGCCGCGGCAGUGGUCGAGUUUCAGAGGGCUCAGUCUCUCCUCAGCACGGACCGCAACGCGUCCAUCGAUAUUUUGCAUUCAAUCGUGAAGCGUGACAUCCAAGACAGUGAUGAGGAGGCAGUGCGUGUCAAGGAGCAGAGCAUUUUGGAACUUGGUGGUCUUCUGGCCAAGACGGGACAGGCUGCAGAGCUAGGGGGCCUGCUGAAGUAUGUGCGGCCAUUUCUUAAUUCGAUCAGCAAGGCCAAAGCAGCGCGUCUGGUGCGCUCGUUGCUGGACCUCUUUCUGGACAUGGAAGCAGCCACUGGCCAGGAGGUGGAGCUGUGCCUAGAGUGCAUUGAGUGGGCCAAGCUGGAGAAGAGGACCUUCCUACGUCAGGCCUUGGAGGCUCGUCUUGUCUCCCUCUAUUUUGACACUAAGAGGUACCAAGAGGCAUUAUUACUUGGUUCCCAGCUACUUCAGGAGCUGAAGAAGAUGGAUGACAAGGCCCUGCUGGUGGAGGUGCAGUUGCUGGAGAGCAAGACCUACCAUGCACUCAGUAACCUGCCCAAAGCCCGUGCCGCCCUGACAUCUGCCAGGACCACAGCCAAUGCCAUCUACUGUCCACCCAAGUUGCAGGCUGCUCUGGACAUGCAGUCAGGGAUUAUUCAUGCAGCGGAGGAGAAAGACUGGAAGACUGCCUACUCGUACUUCUAUGAGGCGUUUGAGGGGUACGAUUCCAUCGAUAGCCCCCGUGCAAUCACCGCUCUCAAGUACAUGCUGCUGUGCCGGAUCAUGCUCAAUGCACCAGAGGAUGUGCAGGCCCUCAUUAGUGGUAAAUUGGCUCUACGCUAUGCUGGGCGACAGACAGAUGCACUGAAAUGUGUGGCUCAAGCAAGUAAGAACAGGUCGUUGGCUGACUUUGAGAAGGCCUUGACGGAAUACAGAGCCGAGUUAAGGGAUGACCCCAUCAUCAACACCCACCUGGCCAAGCUGUACGACAACCUGCUAGAACAGAACCUCAUUCGUGUCAUUGAACCUUUUUCCAGAGUGCAGAUUGAACACAUUUCAUCCCUCAUCAAACUCCCCAAGGGAGAUGUCGAGAGGAAGUUGUCACAGAUGAUCCUCGACAAGAAGUUUCAUGGAAUUCUGGACCAGGGAGAGGGAGUCCUCAUCAUUUUUGACGAACCACCAGUAGACAAAACAUAUGAAGCAGCGUUGGAGACCAUUCAGAACAUGAGCAAAGUAGUGGACUCUCUCUACAACAAAGCCAAGAAGCUGACAUAGAAGUCUGGACCUCUGCACAGUGGAGAGCGUGUGUGACUGUGUGAAACAUUUGUGGGGACGGGGGAAACAACAAACGCGCUCCAAACUGCAGUGGGAUUUCUGUCUCCCUUUCUGCUUUCACUCUGAAAGUUUUUAAAGUCUCCCCCAAAGGACGGUUUCAUCAUCAUUAUCACAACCUUGUAUUUUUUUUUUUUACGUUUCUGUGUAACAUUUGGCGGCCUCAGCCAGCCAUCAGGGAAUAUUGUAAAAUAACAAGAAGCAUAUACAAUUUAUAUAUAAAUAUACUUAUAUAUUGUGCGCAGAGUUAUCUGAGUAUUGGCGAAGAGCCGCCCAGAUUCCUUAUGGGGAUUCCUCGAAUCGGAGUAUACCUCGCCACGCGCCGGUUUGGUACCGCUAGCUGAUAAUGGACUGAUUAGUUUACGGGAGGGUCUCGGCAGGUUUGGCAUCAACUGCGAGCACGCUGUUUCCUCCUGUUCCGUUUCUCCCAGUAUGUACAUAACACUGAGUCUCUGCCUGUCCUGCCUGUCACCUUUUUUAUAAUGAUACAGAAUAAAGUCACAGAGAGCCCUGUCAAAUAUGUGUGUUUGUACAAAAAAAAUGGAAAAAAAAAAAAAGAGUCCCUGUGAUGGAGUGCUUUGGUUCUUAGGAGAUGGGGUGGGGUUGCUGAAGUUAAGUCAUUUUCUAAUUAAAGAUUUUUAUUUC